GCAGCUCUCUCUAAAAAAGCAAAGGCCGCCAAAUAAUAGCAACAGAAGUUGCAGAGACACAGCACCAACCAAAUCAUAGCAAAACAAUGGCGUUUUCAGCGUUGAUUACUUCGCGAGUUUUUCAAUCUUCUGCGGCAUUGGCUCACCAUGACAGAACCAAGAUCUCUCGACCUCCUUCUCAAUGUUGCUUUUUCUCUCCUCUCUCUGCCUUUUCAUUUCCUUCAAAACGAAUAGACUUUGCACAGCGGGGAAAAAUGGAGUCUUCAAAUUCACACAUACUGGCUUCAGUUACAGAUAUUUCAGUGGAAAAGUCAGUGGAAGAAUUUCAGCUUCCCGAAGGAGGCUUGUGGUCUGUUCAUAAGUUUGGUGGUACUUGUGUUGGAAGCUCUGAAAGAAUCAAGAAUGUUGCAGAGAUUAUCAUUAAUGAUGAUACAGAAAGGAAAUUGGUAGUAGUGUCAGCUAUGUCAAAAGUAACAGAUAUGAUGUAUGACCUCAUCUUCAAGGCACAGUCACGGGAUGAUUCAUAUGUAUCUGCUGUGGACUUUGUCUUUGAAAGGCAUCGAUCAACAGCACAUGAUCUACUUGACGGGGAAGAACUUGCUGGUUUCUUGUCCCGGUUGCAUCACGACAUUCAUAACCUCAAAGCUAUGCUUCGUGCAAUAUACAUAGCUGGUCAUGCUACAGAAGCUUUUUCAGAUUUUGUUGUUGGACAUGGAGAGUUAUGGACUGCUCAGUUGUUAGCAGCUGUUGUCAGAAAGAAUGGUGUGGAUUGCCUCUGGAUGGAUACUAGAGAUGUCCUCAUUGUAAAUCCAACCAGUUCUAAUCAAGUUGAUCCUGAUUUUUCUGAAUCUGAGAAAAGACUAAAGAAAUGGUAUUCUCAAAAUCCAUCGAAGACAGUAAUUGCUACUGGUUUUAUAGCCAGUACACCAGAUAAUAUUCCUACAACUUUGAAGAGGGAUGGAAGUGACUUCUCUGCUGCUAUAAUUGGUGCACUUCUCAGGGCUUGCCAAGUCACAAUUUGGACUGAUGUAGAUGGAGUGUACAGUGCAGAUCCCAGAAAAGUUAGCGAAGCUGUGAUACUGAAGACCUUGUCUUACCAAGAGGCCUGGGAAAUGUCAUAUUUUGGGGCAAAUGUCUUGCAUCCUCGCACUAUUAUCCCAGUUAUGCGAUAUGACAUUCCAAUAGUGAUAAGAAAUAUCUUUAAUCUCUCUGCACCUGGAACAGUGAUUUGUCAGCCGUUAAUUUGUGAAAAUGAAGAUGACCAGAUUGUUGACACUCCUGUGAAGGGGUUUGCAACAAUUGACAAUUUAACUCUAAUAAAUGUUGAGGGAACUGGAAUGGCUGGUGUUCCUGGUACAGCAAAUGCCAUUUUUGGUGCUGUGAAAGAUGUUGGAGCUAAUGUCAUCAUGAUAUCUCAGGCUAGUAGUGAGCAUUCUGUGUGUUUUGCUGUGCCCGAGAAGGAGGUAAAAGUUGUUACAGAGGCAUUACAGUCUAGAUUUCGUGAAGCUCUGGAUGCUGGACGACUUUCCCAGGUGGCAAUCAUUCCCAAUUGUAGUAUUUUAGCUGCAGUAGGCCAGAAAAUGGCAAGUACACCUGGAGUUAGUGCAACUCUUUUUGAUGCUUUGGCAAAGGCAAACAUUAAUAUCCGUGCUAUAGCCCAAGGUUGCUCUGAGUACAAUAUUACUGUCGUAGUCAAGCAUGAAGAUUGCAUAAGGGCUUUGAGAGCUGUCCACUCCAGGUUUUUUCUUUCUAGAACCACAAUAGCGAUGGGGAUUAUUGGCCCUGGUUUGAUAGGUGGCACAUUGCUUGACCAGCUCAGGGAUCAGGCUGCAGUUCUUAAGGAAGAUUUUAACAUUGACUUGCGUGUUAUGGGAAUUACCGGCUCGAGGAAUAUGCUCUUGAAUGACUCGGGCAUAGACUUGUGGAAAUGGAGAGAGCUAUUAAAGGAGAAAGGAGAAGCAGCUGACCUCACCAGAUUUACUCAACAUGUGCACGGGAAUCAUUUCUUCCCAAAUACAGUUUUGGUAGAUUGUACAGCAGACUCACAUGUUGCCAGUUGUUACCAGGAUUGGUUGUGUAAAGGGAUUCAUGUAAUCACACCAAACAAAAAAGCGAAUUCUGGACCUCUUGAUCAGUAUUUAAAGCUGAGGCUCCUUCAACGCAAAUCCUACACACAUUACUUUUAUGAAGCAACUGUUGGUGCUGGUCUUCCAAUCAUAAGCACUUUAAGGGGACUGCUUGAAACUGGUGACAAGAUAUUGCGGAUUGAGGGCAUUUUUAGUGGAACUUUGAGUUAUCUAUUUAACAACUAUAUAGGCACAAGAAGUUUCAGCGAGGUGGUGGCAGAGGCAAAAGAAGCAGGUUAUACUGAACCAGAUCCUAGGGAUGAUCUAUCUGGAACAGAUGUUGCCAGAAAGGUGGUUAUUCUUGCUAGAGAAUCUGGUUUGAAGCUAAAACUUUCUGAUCUCCCUGUUCACAGUCUUGUGCCUGAACCUUUAAGGGCUUGUGCAUCUGCCGAAGAGUUCAUGAAACUAUUACCACAAUAUGACGAAGAACUGGCAAAGGAAAGACAAGAAGCUGAGGAUGCAGGAGAAGUUUUGAGGUAUGUUGGAGUGGUGGAUGCUGUCAACCAAAAGGGUACUGUGCAAUUGCAAAGAUACAAGAAAGAUCAUCCUUUCGCACAACUCUUUGGUUCUGAUAAUAUCAUAGCUUUCACAACAACAAGGUACAAGGAACAGCCUCUUAUAGUCCGAGGCCCAGGUGCUGGAGCUCAAGUUACAGCUGGUGGAAUUUUCAGUGACAUAUUGCGGCUAGCCUCCUAUCUUGGUGCUCCAUCAUAAUGAAGUCAGUAUCUUCACCUACUGCUUUUAGCUUUCCCACUCUUUCUAUUAUCAAGACAGUAGUCUGAAGUAGUUUUGUCGAUUUUAGUGCUUGAGUUGUAUUUUAAUGUAAUCUUAGUACGAAAUAGGAUAUGAAAUCAAUGUACUUUUAAUUUAACAGCUUUAGGAUGGGAAUAGUUUUAGAUUAGUUUUAAUAAUGUAGUAUUUUGUUUUGUUUUCUGCCAAUAAGCCUCAUAGACAAUGCUAAAUAUUUGUUUUUGAUCUUGAUAAUGCAUCUCGGUAAGAGUAGUCAGAUUUGUCAAUAGGCAGGUACUUGAUCAUUAUUAA